UGACAUAGGAUGACCCCGGCCUGUCCCCUCUUACUGUCUGCGAUUCUGUCUCUGCGCCUCACCGCGGCCUUCGACCCUGCCCCCAGCGCCUGCUCGGCCUUGGCCUCGGGAGUCCUCUACGGGGCCUUCUCCCUUCAGGACCUCUUCCCCACCAUCGCCUCGGGCUGCUCCUGGACCCUGGAGAACCCAGACCCCACCAAGUACUCCCUCUACCUGCGUUUCAACCGCCAGGACCAGGUGUGCGCCCACUUCUCGCCCAGGCUGCUGCCCCUGGACCACUACCUGGCCAACUUCACCUGCCUCCGCCAGGCCCCGGAGCAGGAGCAGGAGCCGGAGCCGGAGCAGCGGCCGGAGCAGGGGCCCGAGCAGGGGCCGGAGCAGGGGCAGGCGGCGGCCCAGGCGGCGGCCCAGGCCGGACCACGGCAGGAGGAGGAAGAGGUGGGGGGCGGCCUGGAGCUGUGCCAGGGCUCCAACCCCUUCACCUUCCUCCACUUUGACAAGAAUUUCGUCCAGCUCUGUCUGACGGCGGAGCCCUGGGAGGCCCCCCGCUUGCUGGCGCCCUCGGCUCUGGAGUUCCGCUUCGUGGAGGUGCUGCUCAUCAAUAACAACAAUUCGAGCCAGUUCACCUGCGGGGUGCUGUGCCGCUGGGGCCAGGAGUGCGGGCGGGCCGCGGGCCGGGCCUGUGGCAUUUCCCAGCCGGGCUGCAGCUGCCAGGGGGAGGAGGCGGCGCCCCCGGCAACCCCAGCCACCGCGCCGCCCCCGCCCCGCAGCCAGACCCUCUCCAAUGCCCUGGUGCCGGGGAGCCCGCCGGGGGAGGCUGACCUACACGCAGGCAGCAGCAAUGACCUCUUCCCACCCGAGAUAAGAUAUGGUGAGGAGCCGGAAGAAGAGCCGAAGGUGAGAACCCAGUGGCCCAGGUCAGCAGACGAGCCCGGAGUGUACAUGGCGCAGACAGGAGACCCAGCAGCUGAGGAGUGGUCUCAGUGGAGCGUGUGCUCUCUGACGUGUGGGCAGGGGCUUCAGGUUCGGACUCGCUCCUGUGUCUCCUCCCCGUAUGGGACGUUGUGCAGUGGGCCACUGCGGGAGACUCGGACCUGCAACAACACAGACACCUGUCCAGUUCCUGGCCUGUGGGAGGAGUGGGGGCCCUGGAGCCUGUGUUCCCGCACCUGCGGGCGGGGGUCCCGGAGCCGGACGCGGACCUGUGUGCCCCCCCAGCACGGUGGGAAGACCUGCGAAGGUCCCGAGCUGCAGACUAAGCUCUGCAACCUGGCUGCCUGUCCGGUGGAAGGCCAGUGGCUGGAGUGGGGCCCCUGGAGCCGCUGCUCCGUGUCCUGUGCCAAUGGGACCCAGCAGCGCAGCCGCCGGUGUAGUGUGGCAGCCCAUGGCUGGGGCGAGUGCCGGGGUGCCCACGCUGAUGCCCGAGAGUGCAGCAACCCGGAGUGCCCAGCAGCUGAUGGCAAGUGGGGCCCGUGGAACCCCUGGAGCCUGUGCUCCAAGACAUGUGACACAGGCUGGCAGCGACGGUUCCGCAUGUGCCAGGGCACAGGGGUUCAGGGAUACCCCUGUGAGGGCAGCGGUGAGGAAGUGAAGACCUGUAAUGAGAAGAAGUGUCCAGCCCUCCACGAGAUGUGCAGGGAUGAGUACGUCAUGCUGAUGACCUGGAAGAAGACAGCAGCGGGCGAAAUCAUCUAUAAUAAGUGCCCACCCAAUGCCACAGGGUCCGCCAGCCGCCGCUGUCUGCUCAGUGCCCAGGGGGUUGCCUACUGGGGACUGCCCAGCUUUGCCCGGUGCAUCUCACAUGAAUACCGAUACUUGCACCUUUCGCUGCGGGAACACCUGGCCAAGGGCCAGCGCAUGCUGGCAGGCGAGGGCAUGUCUCAGGUGGUCCGAAGCCUGUUGGAGCUUCUGGCCCGGCGCACCUACUACAGUGGGGACCUGCUUUUCUCUGUGGACAUCCUGAGGAAUGUCACUGAUACCUUCAAGAGAGCUACCUACGUACCCUCGGCGGAUGAUGUCCAGCGUUUCUUUCAAGUGGUCAGCUACAUGGUAGAUGCAGAGAACAAGGAGAAAUGGGAUGAUGCCCAACAGGUGUCACCCGGCUCUGUUCACCUGCUGCGGGUGGUAGAGGACUUCAUCCAUCUGGUAGGGGAUGCACUCAAGGCUUUUCAGAGUUCCCUCAUUGUCACCGACAACCUGGUGAUCAGCAUCCAGAGGGAGCCGGUUUCUGCCGUGUCCAGUGACAUCACCUUUCCCAUGCGGGGCCGCCGGGGCAUGAAAGACUGGGCCCGACACUCUGAGGACCGGCUUUUUGUGCCCAAGGAGGUGCUGAGCCUUCCAUCCUCUGGUAAGGCCUGCUGCUCUGGGCCUCAGGGCAGCGGGUCUGGGGCUGGAAGCACCCAUGCCUCUCCCUCCUGUACCCCCAACCCCUCUACCUAGAAGCUCCCUCUCCCCACAGAAACAGACGAGUCAUCUUAUUUUGUGAUUGGAGCCGUGCUGUACCGGACGCUAGGCCUCAUCUUGCCAGCACCCAGGCCCCCUCUGGCAGUCAGCUCCAGGGUCCUGACAGUCACUGUGCGACCACCCACCAAGCCAACAGAACCUCUCAUCACCGUGGAGUUGUCACACGUCAUCAAUGGUACAUCAGAUCCCCACUGUGCCACGUGGGACUACUCUAGAGCGGAUGCCAGCUCUGGGGAGUGGGACACGGAAAGCUGCCAAACCCUGGAGACCCAGCCUGCCCAUACUCGGUGCCAGUGCCAACAGCUGUCCACCUUUGCUGUGCUUGCCCAGUUGCCCAAGGACCUGAGUCUGGAGCUCUCAGGCACCCCCUCUGUGCCCCUCAUGAUCGGCUGUGCUGUCUCCUGCAUGGCACUGCUCACCCUUCUUGCCAUCUAUGCUGCCUUUUGGAGAUUCAUCAAGUCAGAACGCUCCAUCAUCCUCUUGAAUUUCUGCGUCUCCAUCCUGGCUUCCAACGUGCUCAUCCUGGUGGGGCAGUCCCAGAUUCUGAGCAAGGGUGUCUGCACUAUGACCGCAGCAUUCCUUCAUUUCUUCUUCCUCUCCUCCUUCUGCUGGGUGCUCACUGAGGCCUGGCAGUCCUACCUGUCCGUCAUCGGCCGCAUCCGCACGCGCCUCGUCCGCAAACGCUUCCUGUGCCUGGGAUGGGGUUUGCCGGCCCUGGUGGUGGCUGUGUCUGUUGGCUUUACCCGAACGAAAGGCUACGGCACGGCCAGCUACUGCUGGCUCUCCCUGGAGGGGGGGCUUCUCUACGCCUUCGUGGGGCCGGCGGCGGUCAUCGUCCUGGUCAACAUGCUCAUUGGAAUCAUCGUCUUCAACAAGCUCAUGACUCGGGAUGGCAUUUCAGACAAGUCUAAGAAGCAGCGAGCCGCCCCGCAGCGGCUCCCCUGUGCCAGCCUCCUCCUCCUCCCCUGCUCGGCCUGUGGAAUGGUCCCCAGCCCCCUGCUCAGCUCGGUCACAGCCAGGAAUGCCAUCCCUGGGGCUGUGGCAGAGAAAGAGAAGGGAAAGGGUAUUUGGCUCAGGGCCAAGAUGAAGCAGGUACUGAUGAUGUCCCUGGGCACCCUGGUCCAAGAUGUGGUGAAAUGCCAGAUUGGGGUUUGCAAGAGCCAGGAGAAUGAGAACUCACCCGGGUCCUGUAAGAAUGGGCAGAUCCAGGUCAUGACAGAUUUUGAAAAGGAUGUGGACUUGGCGUGUCAGACAGUUCUGUUCAAGGAAGUCAACACCUGCAACCCCUCCACCAUCACGGCCACGCUGUCCCGCCUGUCCCUGGAUGAGGAUGAGGACGCCAAGCCUUGCCUCAUGGGCACAGAGAGCGGGCUGAACUUCUCCCCGCUGCCGGGCAACAUCUUGGUGCCGAUGCCGGUGCCCUCCCCGGGAGUAGGCGAGCCUCCCCACCCGCAUGACACCAACCCCGUGUACAUGUGUGGGGAGAGCAGCCUCCGGCAGCUGGACUACACCUGGCUGCGGUCCGGGGACCCCGGGUCCGAGGGAGAGUACACAGUGCUGCCCCGGAGGACUCUGAGCCUCCAGCCCAGCGGCCGGGAGGAGGCCAAGCGGGCGAGGCCCGAGGGCACCCCUCGUCGUGGGGGGAAGGGGCUGACCCAGACGGAGGGCUACCCCAGCUUCCUGUCCGUGGACCAUGUGGGCCUGGGCCUUGGCCCAGCCUAUGGAACUCUGCAGAACCCCUAUGGGGUGCCCUUCCAGCCCCCGCCCCCGGCUCCAUCUGGUGCUCGCCAGGGCCCCACCCCUGAGCCAGGCGAACGCAGUCGCACCAUGCCCCGAACGGUGCCCGGCUCCACCAUGAAGCUGGGCUCUCUGGAGCGGAAAAAGUUACGCUAUUCAGACCUGGAUUUUGAGAAGGUAAUGCACACUCGGAAGCGCCAUUCAGAGCUCUACCAUGAGCUAAAUCAGAAGUUUCACACCUUUGAUCGCUACCGGGGUCCGACCUCAGGCAAGAGAGAAAAGCGAUGGAGUGUGUCAUCCGGCGGGGCUGAUCGCACCAUUUCCAGUGAGAAGGUAAGCCCAGGAGAGAGGCCCUCCUCGCAGCAGCAGCAGCAGCAGCAACAGCAGCAGCAGCAGCAGCGACAUCAGAGCUGGAGCACCUUUAAGGCAAUGACGCUGGGCUCGCUGCCCCCCAAACCCCGUGAGCGGAUGGCCCUGCACCGGACACCUCGCUGGGAGUCAGCAGGCCUGGGCCUGGAUGCUUCUGACGGUGACUUCCAGACGGAGGUGUGAGCCUGGGCCAGCUGCCGCCCAGGCAUCUAUAAAUAUAUAUAUAUAUCUCUAUUUUCACACUCCAAUUUGGAAAAAAAAAAACCAAGGAGCCAGGGACCCCCUUUUCUCUUCUCGUGUGCGGUCUUGGCCCUUGGAGGGAGACACAGCCGGACUCUGGCUCCAGACAAGGUGGAGACCCUGGAGAUGAGAGGGGUGGGCUGGACUCCAGAGACCUGCUUCUGGCCCGGGGAGGAGGCAGAAUCAGGGGGCCCCCUCCUCAUUUUUCAGAGCCCAUAGCCCCAGGCCACCAUGUCUCCUGCCCCCAAGCCUGUCCGUGCGUCUGUCUGUCCCACCCGGGGCUGGGGGGGGGGGAUCUUUGUUGGGAAUAAAG